UGAGCCGCUGCGGAUCUGCGGUUCGGGACUCGCUCUGCGUGGCGGUGCGUGGCGAGUCUGACCUUCCCCACGUAGCUGCAGGUCUGUGCGGGUUGCUCAGGUGGAAAUGCUCAUCCGAUGACAGUCAUUGAUCAUCUGGCUGUGACGUCACUCAGGCAGCCGCGGCAGGUAGAAGGUGUCCGGCCACCUGGGACGGAAAAGAGCGGCUGAGCAUCAUGGGUAACAGCGACAGCGUGAUGGUGGAGAAGCGGAUGGCCCGGUUCCGUCCAGAGGAGCGGUCCGUGAUCCACGGCGUGUUCGAGCGUCUGCAGGCCGGCGACCCGGGGAAGACGCUCCGGCUGGAGGCGCUGCAGGCCUUCCUGGGGACCCUGGUCCCCGUCGCCAUGGUGACCAGGAUAUUCUGGGGCCUGUGCAGCAUCGAGGCGGGCCGGGCGGAACCGGGCCGGGCGGAACCGGGCCGGGCGGAACCGGGCCGGGCCGGCGCUUCCCAGGGGCCGAGUCGAGAGCAGCUGACGGUCUUCCUGGCAGACAUCCUGCGGGGGACGGCGGAGGAGCGAGCGCCGCUGGUCAUGGCCAUGUCCCACAAUGCAGCGGGGCGGCCACGGGCGGUCAGCUGCCAGCAGGUGGCGGCGUUCCUGGAGGACCUGAUCACUGCUGUAGUUCACAUCCUGACCAGCAGGGGGCGCCUGCAGGGCUGGAGGCCGCAGCAGAUGGGCGACACGGCGCUGGGGGUCAAGCUGCUGGCCGAGCAGAUGACCUCUGACCUCAGACCUUCGGACCCGGCGACCUGUGACCUGUCCUGUCUGGAGGACUGGGUCUUCCGGGUCGCCCAGGUCUCCCAGUACCUGGAGGUUCUGGUGGCCGACGGGCUGGACGUCUCCCUGGGCGGCGGCACGGCGCCGGCGCUGCUGCCGCCGUGCCGGGACACGGACUGGACCCACCUGACCGUCCUGCUGGACGUCCCCACGCUCAUGUUCCUGGCUCCACAGUCGGAACCGGGCCGAGCCUUCCCCAGCGUGUCCGUCUCUCCCCAGCUCCCAGACGGCUGCAGCGCCCCCUGGAGGCUGGUCUUCUCCACGCAGCUGCACGGGGAGAGCUUCACCAAGAUGGCCGCCGCUCUGCAGCACCACGGCCCCACGUUGCUGCUGCUGCGGGACGACCGGGGCCACGUGUUCGGAGGCUACGCGUCCACCGCCUGGGAGAUCAAGCCCCAGUUUCAGGGUGACUCCAGAUGCUUCCUGUUCUCGGUCUUCCCCACGCUGAGGGUUUACACAGCGACAGGAUACAACCAACACUUCAUGUACCUGAACCAGCACCAGCAAACGAUGCCCAACGGACUGGGCAUGGGGGGUCAGCACAACUACUUCGGCCUGUGGCUGGACAGCGAGUUCGGCCGCGGUCACAGCCGCGCUCGCCCCAAAUGCACGACGUACGGAAACCCGCAGCUGUCGGCCGAUGAAGAUUUCGUCCUGGACGCUGUGGAGGUCUGGGCCGCAGGGAAACUGCCGGAACCGCCCGAGGACGAGGAAGAGGAGGAGGGGAAGAAGAGAAUCCUGAACGUGGAUCCGGAGGUCCAGGCCAUGAUGGAGCUGACGGGGAAGACUCUGCACAGCAAGGGGUUCAAUGAGCUGCAGGAAGACUUUGACUAGGCCUUGUGCCACUACAUUCUGCUUCCUCACCCCCAGAUUGUUGUUCCAGUUGGAGUUUCGGCCCCCUGCAGGCCUCCGGGUUAGGUGCCCAAAGUGUGGCGCGGGGUCCUUUGUGGCCCUUCAAAUGAUUUUGUUUGGCCCCUGACCACAAGUCAAGAAAUGUAAACAUUUUGGCCAAUUUCAGUUUCCAAACGGACAAUUUGCAAAAUAUUUGUUUUUCUUUUAAUAACCCAACAGUCUGAAGGUCUUUUUAUGUCAAACCCAAAAUCUGACCAAGUAUUUAAAGUUUGUAGCAUCAAAGUCUGAAUGCACCAUAAAUGAGGCAGGAAGAGCGUCUCGUUCUGAGUCAAUGAUCUAUUAGGGGUCAAAUAAUCUGCUGACUUUUCAAUGUAAGUUUGUUUUGUCUUAUUUCAUGUCUGCUGAGAUGUUUGCUCUAGAAACUUGAAAUACUUGGUCAGAUUUUGUGUUUUUGCAGUUUCAGCAGGUUUCAUUAAAAACAUUAGUUGAGCAAAAACAACAAAAAUGUAAUAAUCACAAAUGUUUGCAUUUUAAUUCAAUGACAUUUGGCUGCUUGAAAUCAGUCAGUUUUGGCCCUCAGGGCAAAAUGUUUGGGCCCCUGAUUCAACGCUUGAUGUGUUGAAGCAGAAAGAGCUGAAGCUGCUGCUGAGUGGUCUGGUUCUGAACCCGGUCUGGUUCUGAACCCGGUCCGGUUCUGAACCCGGUCCGGUUCUGAACCCGGUCCGGUUCUGAACCCGGUCUGGUUCUGAACCCGGUCCGGUUCUGAACCCGGUCCUGUCGGCUCCUCGCCUGCUGACGGGUUUUUACGCUUUAAAUGAAGAAAGAAACAAACUUCAGAUCUGAUGAAACGUUUUGCUGAUUUUUCAUUGCAUGUGGUUCAAAUCUCAUCCUGUGUGUUGUGAUUAUCGCAGCGCUGUGUCGAUGUAGUAAACGCCCUCUUCUCGUUUCCUCAAGUGACUGAAGGGGUUUUUAUUGAGGGGCAUCAUGGGAACAGUGGCAAAAUAAAAUGCACACCACACUUUUCA